GCAGCAUGGUGCUAGGGGGCUCAAGUGGUGUGCAUGAGACCAGCAACGGGACUGGCCGUGCGUAGCGUGUUACCAGCAAUGGCGCCCGUUGCUGCUGUAGCGCUGACUGCUUCAGCGACACCGCUCGUUACUGCCGUUCCUGCCUUCGAGGCAACUUCGCUUCGAUAUAGGAACAACUGUUUCCGCAGCACUGCUGCUUUCCGCGUAGGCGGUCCGCUGAUUGAGCUCGGUCCGCUCCGUCGGCGCAGGGCUCGUGGGGGAGUGCGCGUGCGCGCAGCCGACGGGGAGAACGGCGGCGGGCAGCGGAAGGGGAAGCAGGGCCCGUCUGUCUCGUUCGGAAGUCAGAUCCUCGACUAUAUCGAAGGCGGCCCUAAGUUAAGACGGUGGUACGGCGCAGCGGACACUCUGCCCAAGGACGGCGAUGACGAGGGAGAGGAGGCCAAGGCCGAGGCCGAGGAGGGUGAAGAGGGGGAGGAGGGAGGGGAUGCCGUGCUGGUGACAGACGCUGACUCGGACACAGGCCAGAUGGUGGUGCUGGAGCUCAUCGUGGCGCGCAGGAGAGUGACGGUGCUCGUGAGGGACGCCAAGGAGGCAACCACAGGAUUCGGGCCUUAUGUGCAGCCUGUGUCAGGAUCGGUCACGGACCAAUCAGCAGUGAGAGCAGCUCUCAAGGGCUCUCAAGCUGUUGUUGUCACGGGCCGGCUUGGCUCGCUGUCGCAGCUCUUGCAGGGCAGCAGAGUGGAGCACGUGGUGCUGAUAUCGCAGCUGGGAGCCUCCUCGCGCCCCUCGGGUCUCUCCGCCCUGCUCUGGUCCGCCUCCCCGCUAGCAGCGGCCAGAGAGGCAGAAGAGUCGCUGGCGGCUGCGGCUGCUGCAGCUGCUGCUACAGGGGCGGAGGGGAAACGACGGGAGUUUCGGUACACGGUGGUGCGCGGAGGGAAGGUGGUGGAUGAGCCUGGCAGGCAAAAGGAGGUUCAGCUGGGGCAGGGUGACGCCAUCAAGGGCAGCAUAUCUAGAGAGGAUCUGGCAGCGGUGGUGCAGGCAGCGCUUGCAGUGCCGCCUCCUCCGGGCCAGAGGCGGGUGGUGGAGGUUGUGAAUUCCGAGAGCCCAAGAGACUCCAGCAAUGGCAAUGACUUGCCAGAGCUGCUAGCAGGGCUGCCCACGGAGGCGAUUGUAAGCUGACCAGUGGUGAAUUGUGGCAAGUGCUUGGUUAGUAGACUGUAACCAUGUACAGCCCACGGUGCUCGUUGCAUUUCUGCUUGUGUUCCUCACUGCUCGAUAAUGCACUGCUGUAAAUAAUUUAUGUUCCAAGUGGAACUUCCGGGAGGAACAUCACUGUACACAUGAGGCUAGGUCUGUCAAACAUUAUUUGAUGGGUUGAAGGACCAUAUCCAGGGGAGGGACAGCUACUGGCGAGGAUUCAGGGGGUGCUGGCACAGUGGUUUGGGGUGCUGUGAUGCUUUUGACAGAUGGAAGGGUGGUUAGGCUGACAAACAGGAGGGGAUUGAUGUAGCUGGAUGACGGAAACAGGUUGGAGGGAACGAAGAUGAAAGGAAGAAAGUAAGUGAGAGUAAGUGCGAUGCAGAGGCUUCGAAUGGCUGAUGCCUAAAUUUAAAAAGUA